AGAGCGCGACGCUAAUGCUGACGUUCAAACUGACGGUUAAAAACCGCCUAACGAGCGCGAGAGGCAGAUCGCUUCUCUAGCGAGUGUUGAGGUUUAAGACCAAACGUGUCGGCUCGUCGGGAGUCGUGACGAUGGAGUGUCCGUUACUCGGAUUUCAAAUCCAUCAAAGCUCCCGCCGUGUGUAAAGACAGACCUGGUUAACCAUCUGAAGACAGCGAGGAAAUGAGGCUCAACAGAUACAAGAGUGCGGGAAGGCGGUGCGAGGCAGUAGUCAGCUGCAAUGGCCGGCAAGACGAGAAACCAAAGCCAUCGUAGGCAUGAUGAAGAACGAGAAAUGUGCCGCAGAGAUGAUCAAAGCAGCACCUACACGCACCCCAAACCGCGUGAAUAUGAGGACUCCUUUCACCAGGAUCGCCGGGACAUGUAUACAGAUACAUCAACCUAUAUCACCUCACAUAGGGUGGCUCUUUACAACCUAAGAUACAUUCUUACUUCCAGAGGGAUAUGCCAGGUGAUAGAGUUCUUCUUAAACAUGUUAAUCAUCAUCUGUGCUGGAGUACCCUACAGCAACACAGGCCGAUAUCGGGACAUCGCCAACUUGGGUGGGAUCUACUACUAUUACUAUGGAGGGGCGCAGGCCUUCACGCCGCAGGAGGCCGCGCAGGUCCAGCAGCUCGACGACCGUUUCUACCAGCUCAAGAUCCCCCCUUACAUCUUCACCAUGGCAGCCGGAGGGGCGCUGAUGGCUUAUGCGCUAGCCGUACUGGCUCUGGGGGUGUUCCGCGUGCCCUUCCGCCAGCCUCCCGUGCUGCUGGUCGAGAGCGUGCUAGACGGCCUGAUCAGCCUGGGCUACGUCCCCGCCGUGGCCUUCUACUUCAUCAAGCUCAAGGAGAUAUACAACAACCAAAUCUGUAAAGACAGAGAAGCCAUGUACAAGUCCAAAGGCUUCCAGGCCUCUGAGUGCACUUUCAGUGGGACAGACGUGGCAGAGGGGCUCUUCGGGGUGAUGGGCACCCUUGUGUUCUGCCUGAGUGCAGUGCUAGCCGUGAAAGCGUUCCGAGCAGUCAGAAAGAUGAGGCAGCCAAGGGAGGUGGAUGACAAUUUCUGAAGGGUUUUUGCAAGAAUGGGCAACACGUUGCCAUUCUAAGUCUUUUGUUGCCAUUUUAUUUUCAGUCACUUUUUACAAGAGCAAAAGGUCAGCUGUAAAGUUUCAUAGGAUUUUUAUUUUUAUUUUUUUUCCAUAAAUCAGUUUUGUUUAUUUUAUAUUGGACUGCAUGCAC